AUGGAUCCGGGUGCCGGAAGGUUCUGGCCGCACGUGCCAGGCUAUGAAUCGGAUGACGACAACGGCCAUGAUGACUCUGAGGCCCAUAUCGCUGCUCAGGCUCGGGAAAGUCUCCGUGAAGUUGUCAAACACUUGGGUUCCGAGUGGGAGGAGCUGGGAGUCCUCCACUUCAAAGCGCCUCAGGCGAAGCUCAAGAAGGAGUCCAUCAAUAAAAUCUGCUCCUCCUUGCUGACGCCAUCCUUCCGAAUUGAGCACACAGAGGCUCCUGUCGUUAGAGAUACCCUCCUGACCAACGGCAUGACGCAGACAACUGGCCGGGACUGGCUCGUCCAAUGGUCCGGCCCGGGCCUCCGCGACUCUGCCUACCAGGACAUGAACGAGUUCCAGCGCGUCAACCAUUUUCCUGGGUCCACGGAGCUCACUCGCAAGGACCGCCUGUGGAUGAAUUUCAGGGAUAUGGCGCAAACAUUCGGUGAUGCUUUCGACUUCGUACCGCAGACUUUUGUGCUUCCUGGUCAGAUGCAGGAGUUCCUGGACUGCUAUCAAAAGAAGGGUGGUCUGUGGAUCGUGAAGCCGAACGCAUCGUCCAGAGGUCGUGGAAUCUUUGUCUUGCGUGAUGUGGCAGAUCUCCCAGUGGACGAGAUGCUCUGCUCUCGGCAGGGUAGGGGAGGGACACUUAUGUUUUAUCGCGUGGGCUAG